GCAAAGCGCGAUGAAAAGUUAAUGAACCUCCUUGUGGCUCUCAAUAACAAGGGGCCAGCCAACAGUACCAACGUAAGAAGGGGACGGGACUCUGGUCAUAGCUCGCAGAUAGGUCCAAAAAUGGCUAAGAACACAUCUGGUCAGCAAGGUGGUCAGCUAUAUAAGGGCCACAAAAGAGGAUCACGAAACACAAGUAGUGUCACUGAUAGGCGCAUGUAUCAGUAUCGGGGCGCAAAAUGCAAGGAGUGGCUUGCCAUAACUACUGGCAGUAGUAUACUGGUGGACUUAAAGACCAGCCUUGCUCAUAGUCACCCCCUGCCUGACGGCGCCGAUCUUGUCACCAAUAUUAUUUCCAAAUUCGAGAGGCGGUACCGCAGCCACACUCCAAGAGCUGGAAUCCCUAAUGUGCUCGAGGGUAAGGGGCUGCACAAAGAAGAUUCGGUCGAAGCCGGGUUCGCACUCCUCCUCCAGAGCAUUGUCGAGGAGCUCGACAAAUCGGUCCCCGGUGCGCGUACUUUGGGUUACCUGGUGACAUCGAACAAGGAAAUCGAUGGGAAAGGUAAGCCGGACAUUAGCAUAGUUCCGACGGGAUGGUGCGAAAAUGAGCAUGUCAGGUGGCAUGACAUGGCUUCAUUCGUCGAGCUUAAGGGAGCGCGUAUACCAGCUACGGAUACGAAAAGCCAUGGCCAACUCUCAACUUACCUUCUCCGCAUGUGGGAGAGCUACUGGCGAAUCCAUUGCGUCGGAAUGAUGGUGAUUGAGGGCAAGCUCUGGGCCUUCUCCAACACACGCGGUGGCAUCUGCAAAGCAGAGGUUGGUAAGCUGCCGUUCAUAAAGUACAGCGACGAUACGGCUAAACGUUCCAAAGGCAUCGGGCACUGUGUGCUCUCCAUGGACCAAGCGGGCGAAAUCUCCCGGCCCUCCAACGUGGAUGCCUGCAAAGAUACUGUACGAUUCCUCUUUACCAUAUUUACUCUGCCUAUUAGCCACUUUGGAUGGCUUUUCCCCUGUGAGAGGAGCUGUGUUUCCCCCUUCACAUUCGUGAAGCCGAUCGUUGUUGCUCCUGUGGAACCUCUGUGGAUGAUUCAGCCUAGCGCUAUUUCUGAUCUCUUCGGCGCUGCAGCUACAUCGAGCAGCCUUGAGUCUAUAACCAUCACGCCUCUCAUUGGCAGGUCAGAGCUAUUGGGGUGCUGCCAACGGCCAGUCGGCACAAUCUCGUGGGGCUGUAAAGCCAUUUCGAAUGCUACUGGUAGCGAGACCCCCUGCUUCCUCAAAGUGCUAUGGGGCAAGAGUCGUCUUCUACGCGAGUCGUAUAUCUAUGAGCAGCUGGCUCUAGCUGGCGUUCCGCACAUGCCAAAGGUACACUGGCACGGGCAAUUUGCCCACAUAGGUGGUGUCAACGCGAAUAUCGGAUCGAUGUGCGGUGAAGCCUAUCUCAUGGAGGACUGUGGAGAUACGAUCGACGAGUUCGUCGCUAAUAUUAAGGCGCACUCUGCCGAUGAGUGGCGCUUGGUCAACGUCGCUACUGGAUAUCUCCACACCCUAUUUGCUGCAUCGGCUGGCGAGCCCUCAACGAUCCACCGCGAUAUCUCAUCAGGCAACUUUCUGGUAUGCAACAGAAAGCAGUGUGCUGAUGAUGAGCCAUUUGUUAUUGACUGGGAGUUUGCACUCCUUCUAUGUGAUGGCCGCCGUGUAAAUGAUGUUGGCGUAGUUGCGAUCACUGGGACGAGGGUUUACAUGGGAUGGUGCAUUCUCAGUGGCACGGAAUGGAGGUCGCUGGUCGACGAUAUCGAGUCUAUGUUUCUCACACUCUUCCACGUGAUCUAUAAGGUAUUCCCUAACACCAGCAGGAGCAAAUCGGAAAUGGAUGCCAUCUGGGGCAACAGCGUUGAUGACAAGGAGCUGCUGCACAAACGCGAGGACUGGUUCCAAACCGAGAAGAGUUGCAUGGCAUAUAUCUCCGAGAGGUGUCACACAAGUUGGCGCAAAUUGCUUAGGCUUGUUAUGUUUGUUGAAUGUGAGGGGAUUUUAAAAGUUAUAUUUAAUACUGAAGAAAAGAGAGAAAAAGGAAUAGACAAGUUGCGCAGGG